AGGGAGCCCCCGAAGCCCAAGCAGGUGGAUCGGUGGACGGAAAAACGGGCCUUGUUCGGGGUCUACGACAACGUGGGGAUCCUGGGUGGCUUCGAGAUCCACCCGAAGAACCUCAUCAAGGGGCCGCAGUGGCUGCGUGGCUGGCGGGGGAACGAGCUGCAGAGGGGCAUCCGCAAGAAGCGUAUGGUGGGAGAUCGGAUGUUUGUAGAGGACUACCACAAACUCAACAAGAGGAUCCGGUACUUGUACAGGCGCUUCAAUCGUACUGGGAAGCACCGUUAG